AUGCCCUGCACCUCGGGGCCCUGGUCGGGUUCCUGCAGCUCCUGCGUCAGCCUCUACGGCGGUUCCUCCUGCAAUGUGAUGAUGUCGCCGAAGAUCGACGCCACGAGGGACGAUCUCAUGAGCACGGGCUUCGCACCUUCCGAGGUCACCUGGCCCCUCACCGUGAACAUCACACAUGUUUCUGGCUCAGACUUCAACCCGUCUGUGGUGUGCCCUCCCUCCAAGAACGCAGGGGACUGGCAGCCUCCGGAAAUGAAGCUCUUCUCACUCAACGGUCUUACGCUGGCGGUUACGCUGGCGGGCAUGAGGUGCUGUGGCUGCCUUGGUGGCAUGUACUUCUGCGCCUCGAAGAAGAACCAAGAAUACCAGAACCCAUACUGGCAGGGUGGCGCAGGCGGCGCUGGCGGCGCAGAGGGUACGCAGCUGACCAGCCAACCAGGCGGCUUCAUGAGCACUGCAGCCCCGAACGGGAAGUCCUGGUCGGAACUGGAGCUCAAAACAGCUGGUUCAGACUACUGUGGCAGAACUGAGCCGGAGAUCGGUCCAAAUGGAAGUUUAACUGGUAGAUGGGCCGAGUGCCUGGCUUGGGCCGUUGUCUUUGAGCACCAGGACACCAGUUGGGAGCGCGAUCCCAGAUAUCAGACAGGAAGCGGCGGCCCAGCUGGCAGCGUCAUCGAGGCUGCUAUCGCCAAGGCCCCUGCAUCCAAAGUGCGAGACAUCGGAAAGGCCGCAGAUGCCCUGGAAGACGAAUGUCGGCUGGCCGUUCGCGAGAAGCGGCCUCUGCCGGUGAUCAACGAGCGUGAUGCGGCGAUCCCAGACUCGAGGGGUUCCCUGUACACUUCGGCCAACUACCCCAACUCGAACCUGGUUCAAAACUUCUGCCGCAACCCGUUCCAGGACACUGAUCGCUACAAGGCGAAGACGAUUUGGUGCUUCACCCAGGAUCCAGACUACAACUGGCAGGAGUGCAACCCUAUCGGACAAAUCCGGCCAAUCUGCGACGGUGGCUACGACAUCAGCAGUGAGGAGUUGCGAAUCGUCCUCGAGAUUGUUGCUUACAUCCUUUGGGUUCUUGCGUUCAUCUACUGCAUCGGAGUCUGCUGCUUGACACAGAGGAUUCGAUUGGCCAUUGCAGUCAACAAGGUGGCUUCCGUCUUCGUUGUGCAUACACCGGCGAUUCUGGUGUUGCCUGCAGUGCAGGCUUUGCUGGCUGGCCUUUGGACGCUGGUUUGGGGCCUCUCCGCCGCCUUCUUGCUGAGCCAGGUGCCGGACACCUACGUGCCAAAGAAUGCCUUCGUGACCUACGCCGAAGCCUUCGGAACCGCCGAUGUGCCAGGAAAGUGCACGGGCACAUGGCCGACUGGCGGCGUCUGGAAGGAUGAGGAGAACUGUGAGAUGGUCAAUGGAACCAUCCCGGCCUGCUGGCGCUGCUCCCAACCCCGCUACGGCUUCGACUGGCGCUUUGCUGUGUCGUUCUUCGUGUACCUGUGGAACAACGCCUUGAACAUCGCGCUCGGUCAGAUCAUCAUCGCUGGUGCGGUGGUUGUCUGGUUCUUCACCAAGAACACCAACAAAGGCAACAAGAAUGCCAUCCGCCGGUCCCUGCACACCGUCUUCCGCUACCACCUGGGCUCCGUGGCCUUCGGCGCCUUCAUCAUCGCGGUCAUCCAGUUCAUCAGGUACAUGCUCAAGUACUACGAGCAACAGGCCAAGGCCCAGAAGAACCGAGUCCUGGUCCUCAUCCUAAAAGUUCUCCAGUGCUUGAUCUGGUGCUUUGAGAAGUGCGUCAAGUUCCUCAACAAGAACGCCUACAUCCAGAUUGCCUUGAUGGGCACGAACUUCUGCACUUCGGCGAAGAAGGCCUUCUUCCUCAUUCUGAGGAAUGCCUUGCGGUUCGGAACCGUCGCCAUUCUGGGAGGCAUGAUCCAUGUCGUUGGCAUCAUGUCCAUCACUGCGGCCACAGCCGUCCUGGGAUACUUUGUCCUCUCCGGCCUUCAUCCGGCCAUGGCCCCGGCGGUCCCCAUCCUCAUCUACAUCAUGACUGGCUACGUGGUGGCGCGCCUCUUCACAAGCAUCUUCGAGCUGGCAGUUGACACGACGCUGCAGUGCUUCCUGUGCUGCGAGGAGAUGAAGAUUGCCGAGCUUGGUCCGGAUGGCUUCGUGCCUGAUCAGCUGGCACCAUGGUUGGACAAGUCACAGCCUCCGGAGAAGGCCUCCGAGAAGAAGAUGAUGGAAGAGACGGAGUAG